GUGCAUUAGAAUGAGUAAAAAAUGCACUCGUUUACACUAUUCACGUGAAUGAUAGAAUGCUGAACAGAGGGGUCGGGCGAUCCGGCGGCGGAAUGUGUCGCCGAUUUCCUUGGAAUCGACAACAAUAUGGCGUCGAUCUGCACUCAUCGAUGUUCGGGCGGAAGAGUGCGGCCAUUAGCUUUCAGAGAGGGAAGACACGUGAGGUGGAAAACCAUCGAUUUGAAGCACCAUCUUGGAGUCGAGUCGACGUACAUUGGGGGACGGAAACAUCAGGAGCGAAAGGGAAAUCGCCGCAGACUGACAGGGAAGUCGCCGAUUGGAAUUGUAAGCCGCCGGCUUGGGCAAAUCGCUGCUGGGAGGAUAAAGGUUGUUACAGAAGAGCAGUCAAACACAAAGGGAAUUUUGUAGAAGAGAUAGGUGGUUCCCAUGGAUGGUUUGCAGGUAGGCAGAGGGAGGUGCAUAAAGCUUGUUCUGGAAAAGAAUUCUGGGGAUUACGUGGUUCAAGGCAAAAUUCAGGUAAAUUAUAUUCUCACCAUAAAAUGGAGCAAUGGGCAGGGGGGAGAAACCCAGGUUUGGUUUUUUGCCGAUGCUUUGAAUAGAAUUACAAUUGAGAGCAAACUAUUCUACUUUUCCCCAUCACCUUCUGGUUUGCACAUCACUCAAUUUAAGGAUUCUCGCAGCUAUAGUAUCUCUUUUGAUCAUGGUGGGUUUGACUGGUUAUGUGAUAGCUUUAGACAACUUCAAUCAGGUUUUUCUUGGAAUUUCACUCGGUUUGAAAAUCCUAGAAAAUUGACUUUAUCUUUGGAUAGUAAUAGAUAUGGGAGAUUUACAUGCCUACGGUCAUAUGAUAAAGGGAUCAGUACCACUAUUAUUGUGCCUGAAGGAAGGAAUGAACAAGGAUUUGGUUUGUUCUAUAUGACUUUACUCCGUCAUCUAGAUUUAUUGAAGGAGGUUAAAAAUGGGGCUUUGCAAAGCUGUUCAGAAGACCUUGGGAAUAUAUGCUCUUAUACUUCUGAUAAAUAUGACUUUGAGAACACCGAGUCCAUUCCUUUUUUGCUUUUUCAUGCUGAUCUAGUUGAUUAUGGUUAUUAUACUACCUUUGAUCCAUGGAGUCCUCUUAGGGAAACUAGCUCCAUUUUUGAGGCAAGUGUGGUUGGGACAGAUGUGGGUUUGAAUCCGGGGGAAAUCCCAAAAGUUACGCCACUCACCGUGAGUGUUGAGGGCACUAUGGAUUCUUCAAACAAGGAGGCCUCUCACAGCAACGAACAAAGGGAACAAAAUAAUAGCGCACAAAAAGCUGAUAUUCAAGGUUCAACAAUCACUUUGGAUAUGUCUUCUUCUGAUUUGAAUUCUUCUUCAUCGAAGGAAAUAACUAACUGCUCCAAGAAGAACGUGAAAGAGAAUGAUAAUGUUUUUUCCAAGAGAAAGGUUGUGGGAAAGAAGACUACUAUUUCAUACCCUUCUCUCCAAGAUCUUAUCACUCAAUUCAAGGCAGAUGAAAUGAGUUUAGACAAAAGGAUGAAACCUCAAACAUUGGUUCAGAGUGUUGGUUUUUCUUCAUCUACUUCAUCGGUGACUUCUCGAGGUUUAGUUGAUCAAAACGAUUUAAUGGAGGCCACUGAAGAUUGUUCUUUCACUCCAGUUAUUUCUCGGCGUAACAAGAAAAAACUUGCUAUUCAGGCUACUUCUAUGCAAACUAGGUCACAAUUGCGCUUGAAAGCUUAAUCUUUAGCUUAGUUUGCUGUCUUUAACUUAGUUUAUCAUUAGCGCAUGUAUUGCUUUCGACUUUUUUAAAUAAAAAUAAAUCUGAGAGGUUAAAAAAAAACACUAUUCAC